AUGAACUGGAAAAAGAGCAUAGAUUGUUGUAUGUGGAAUGGAGUCACUUGUAGCCAAUACACGGGUGAUGUGAUCGCUCUUGACCUUCCCUGUGCCAUGCUACGAGGUACCAUCCACCCCAACUCCACCCUCUUCAGCCAUCCUCAUCUCCAAUCACUCAACCUUGCCUUCAAUGAUCUUACCGAUUCCCAACUUCCACAUAAAAUUGGCAUGCUCUCCAAUAGUCUUACCCAUCUCAACAUCUCUGAUUGUGGAUUCACAAGUCAAAUUCCUUCAGAAAUCUCACUUCUUCCUAAAUUGGUUUCUUUGGAUCUCUCUUGGAAUUUAGAUUUGAAGCUUGAACCUCAUGUUUUCUACAAUCUCCUCCACAACUCUACUUCAUUGGAAGAGCUUUUGCUUGACGAGGUUAAUAUCUCUUCAACUUUACCCACUUAUCUUAAUAUCUCUUCUUCUUCUAUGAAAUCACUCCAUCUUAGUGACACCCGUUUGCAAGGAAAAUUACCUGAUAACAUCUUCAAUCUUCCGUAUUUGGAAGAACUUGACUUGGGAUUUAACAUUAAUAUCACCGGCCAACUUCCCAAGGUUUACACAAACACUAACAUUCCUCUCAAGUUUUUGGAUCUCACAUACACCAACUUAUCAGGACAGAUACUCGACUCAAUCGGCCAUCUCAAGUCUUUGACUUACUUGAGUCUCUCAAACACCAACUUAUCAGGACAGAUACCCGACUCAAUCGGUCAUCUCAAGUCUUUGAAUACUUUAAUGCUUUAUCAUUGUAGUUUGAUGGGUCCUCUUCCCAAAUCCCAACUUAAUCUUAGGCACCUUACUACUCUAGAUUUAUCAUAUAACAAGCUUAAUGGAACGUUGCCUUCUUGGUUGUUUACUCUUCCCUCACUAGAAGCUAUCGCUCUCUCCAACAACAUGUUCAAGGGGAGCUUACCAACAGAAUUGUUCAACCAUCAAUCAUUAAAGAGAUUAUCCCUUGGUGCAAAUCAAUUUGAAGGCAUGAUAGAUGUGCUUGAUCAAGGAUCCAUUCAGCAAACAUUUCAUCAACUCCCGAACCUCACUUUGCUUGACCUCUCAAAGAAUAAAUUUAGAGGUGUGUGGGAGUUAGAUACUUUGUUAUCAAGGCUCGGGACCCUUGAAUAUCUCUAUCUCUCAUAUAGUGGUUUAUCUGUUGUGACCAAUAAUGCCAGUCGCUAUGUCAAUCCUAAUUUUAAAGCCUUGGAGUUAGCAUCUUGCAAGAUAAAGGUGUUUCCAGAGUCCUUACGGGCCAUGAGAAAACUUCAAUUUUUAGAUCUAUCGAGAAAUGAAAUCGAUGGCCACAUUAAGGAGCUAGGAGGAAAUGAACUGGUUUACUUGGAUCUCUCACAUAACAUCAUAACAGGGCCAUUCCCUCCAUCAAUUUGGAACAUGGACAAUCUUCGAUAUUUGAAUCUGUCYAAUAAUCGCUUUAGUGGAGUGAUUAAACCUGGAGAUAUGAAGUUCUCUCCUUCAGUUAUAGAUAUGGGGAACAAUAAUUUUAAUGGCACCAUUCCACAUGUAUGUGGUGGAGAAUUAACAGGGCUUAUUUUGAACAGAAAUCAAUUUGAAGGUAAGGUGCCAAGUUGCUUUUCCAAAUGCGCAUACUUAGAAGUGCUUGAUCUGGGAAACAACCGCUUAACUGGUGCAUUCCCUGACCAGUUAGGACGUCUUCCAACUCUGAAGGUUGGGAUGGAGCUAUGUUGA